CCACGUGACCAAUAUUGACGGAAGUGUCCCCUCGUUACCUUCAUUUCUGUCUUAUCGUGUCACGUAAACAUUGGUCAUUUUAUAAUUCAAAAUCUAUCGGUGACACUCCGACGUAGCAGGCUGCUUAGCUCUCACUUUGUAAGCUUCAAAGAAAACUAAGCUAACUUGUUAGCUGGCACACGCUAGCAACAACAGCUGACGUUAGAUUGCUAGCUUGAAACUUCAGAGCCAGCCACAUCGCUGCCUUUUGGGUGGUCUCGUGAGUAACAAGGCCACGGGAAGUAUUUAAGGUUACAUACACGGUUAAUAAUCGUUACCGCGCUUUUGAAUUAAAGAACCCCGCGGCCGUCUCUGGAGACGUUGACGAAAGCUAACCGCUAACGUUAGCUUGCUAGCCAAACGCCAGCACCAUGGGAGCCGAGCAGAGCGGAGACGCGGAGCACAAACACUCCGAUUACAGCUCAUCGGUCGUACCCUCUCCGGCAAAGCAGAAAGCAAAGAUGGAUGAUAUUGUGGUCGUGGCUCAGGGGACCCAAUCAAUGCGAAAUAUCCACAACGACCCAGAUGUCAUCAAGCUUCAGGAGAUCCCCACCUUCCAGCCGCUUUUAAAAGGAGUGCUGAGUGGCCAGACGUCACCCAGCAGUGUGUGCCUGGAAAGGCUGGAUGCUGCUCAGGUCCUGCAGCUCUGCAUCCGCUACCAGGAUCACCUGCAUCAGUGUGCCGAGGCCGUGGCCUUCGACCAGAAUGCCCUGGUCAAAAGGAUCAAAGAGAUGGACUUGUCGGUGGAAACCUUGUUCAGCAUAAUGCAGGAGCGCCAGAAACGCUACGCCAAGUACGCCGAGCAAAUCCAGAAGGUCAACGAGAUGUCCAUGAUCCUAAGACGCAUCCAGAUGGGCAUUGACCAGACGGUGCCGCUAAUGGAGCGCCUCAACAACAUGCUCCCCGAGAGCGAGCGCCUGGAGCCCUUCAGCAUGAGGCCUGAUGGGGAUUCUGCCGCCAAGUAGCCGCUGUGAACACGACCCGGAGGAGGUGCAGGCCUGUCCGACUGAAGGGGUCUUUUAUCAUCAUUAUUUAUUUAUU